GCACAUUAAAAGAAAGUAACUGAAACUCGAGAGUCAGACAAAGAAUCUGUUUAGACUUCAGUGGCCGUGUACGUACUUCGCUUCCUUCGUCAUCCGCCUCUUGAUUUCGCGCCACCUCUCUUCCUCUCUCUGUGUUAUCUUUUUUCUUCCGAUCCGUCUGAGUUUAUCUUGAGUACUUAGUCUCAAGGUGGAUGGAAGAAUCAUCUAUGAUUUGGCAUUAGUGCACUCUUGAAUGCAAUAUAGAGCCAUUACUUUGAGGUUUCAGGUGAUUGCAUCACUAUAAUGAGGCAACAAAGAGCCUCUAAUGUUCAUGAGGAUAGAUGUAAGGAUGAGCUGGUGAAGCGUGAUAUGUUGGAUCCGCCAAGGUAUCUCCAAAGAGCUGAAGAUCUCCGCGGAAAGGCGCUGAGUUUUGGAGUUUUGGAUUGGAAACAGUUAGAAAAACGGAAGGAUACUGCUUCAGAGGGAACCAAAGGAGCGUGUUGUAGCUAUGCUUCUUCAUACACUGCUUCGUUGGAACUAGAUUUAGCAACAGGGGCUGUUAAAAGACUGGAUCUAGAUGGAAGACAAGAUGAUGUCCAAGGCCAGUGUUCAAGUCCGGUUAAUGUAAUGGAAUUGAACCAAAACUCUUUAGAGAAACCAUGUUUGUCUGUGACAUCUAAAAAAGAAAGACAUCCUUCUCCUCCCACUCGCCGGUUUAGUUUCAGUCAAAUGAGAAGAAGUUUCAGUACUAAAGAAAGCUCAUCCUCUGGUCCUGUGUUCUCAAGCGCAUCUCAUGCUUCAGCUAAAUCAGGUCCGUUGACAUUCAACAACUCGGCCAUAACAAAACCAAAUGGUCACAGCAGAACAAGACCAGGUCCUGUAAUGAAACCAAAGACUGACAAGAAUGUCACAUUACAAGUUCCUUCAAAACCUUCCAACACAAGAUCACACGCUCUUUUGCAGUUCGCUUUGAGAAAAGGUAUCAGUUUAUAUCAGUUUGUGGUCGACAACAACGUUCUUGCUGCCACCAUGAAGAGUUUAGAUUCUUCUAGAAGGUCUUACACAUUGAAUUCAGUCAAAGAAGUAAAGAACAAGAGUGGGAACUGGUUAGGCCGCAACAGGAAUGAUCAUCCGUUUGUACAUACAAUCAUCGGUCAGAUAAAGACUAAUGCGGAUUCAGCAACUCACAGAACAGAAUCUGUUUUGGUCGGUGUUGAGACAAACGAAGAGCUUGCAGCAGCUAUUGUUCAGACAAGAAACAUGACUCAGAAGCAGAACACAACAACUACUGUUAUACUCCCUAGUGGAACUCACACGCUUCCUAAAGACUGUAACGCCCCUCUGAAGUUGCUUGACCGGUGGGAAUCUGGUGGAUCAUGCGACUGUGGUGGUUGGGACAUUGGUUGCAAACUCCGUGUCCUCUCUAAUGAUCAUCAUACAAAGUCUAAACCUUUCUCAAGCUUUCAACUGUUUGGUGAUCAGGAAAGAGGCGAGCCAGUAUUCAAAAUGGUGAGACACGACGAUGAACUCCACUCAGUUGAGUUCGGAUCAUCGGUUUCUCUCUUGGAAGCUUUCUUUAUUGCAUUGGCAGUAAGCAGUCACCAGAACUGGUGUGAAGAGGAGGAGGGGGAAGCAGUGUUGAAGAGAGUAACAUCAACCAAGUACGCAUCAAACCCACCUGUUUCUCCAAUAGGUCGGGUCUAGUGACAAUCAUUUGGCUUAGCUGGCUGAGCUAGAGACUGUGUUGGGCUGUGCUUUAAUACAACUGUAAUUAAGAAUAUAUUUGGCAGAACUGUUUAGAAUUUGCGCAGUGUAUAAAAUAUAGUGAAAAUACAUUUUUAUAUUUUCA